GUAAACUGUGUCUUUCGGUUGAUCUCAAGAGUGCAAAUGGUUCUCCCCAUCAUCGUUGGUAUUGGCAUCACCGUGUUGGCAGUAACAGUCAAAUCUGCUAUAGUGGCAACCACAAAGCUCAGGAGAAUCCCAUUGGCGACUAUUGCGGAGCUGAAUGGUAUAACCUUGGGGACCGGACGCUUUUCCUCUUCUAUAACGCAUAACCCGCUAAGGAGCCAGUUUCUGAAGUACCCCGGAGGAUUCGGAGAGAAGAUGACUGAAAGAGAGGCAUUGGAGUUGUUCAACAUCAGCGGAGACGAUAUAAUGAACCUGAACAGAGACCUUCUCAGGAAAAGGCACAGGCAAUGUAUGAUGAAGAACCAUCCGGACCGUGGGGGUAGUCCGUAUUUGGCGAUGAAGAUCAACGAGGCCAAGGACGUCUUGGAUAAGAGCUACAUGUUCAAGAAAUGAGCGGAAUUAAAAGAUGUAUAUAGAGAUAUAUGUAUGACGACUAUGGAGAUAUAAUACCCACAUGGUUGGCUAUAAAAUAGAAGAGCACACCGAGU